AUGACGACGCGCCGCGACGACGACGACGACGAAGACGACGCGAGCGUGCGGAGCGAGGUCGGCGACGCGCUGCGCCGGCUCGGCAGCGCGGUCGGCGUCGGCACGUCGCGGGGGGACGAUGACGAGGAGGAGGAGGAGACCGCGGACGCGAUGUUAACGCGACUCGGGAUGCGCGCGUCGUUCGACGACGACCGCCGCGCGACGGACGCGGAGGUGCGGUCCGUCCUCGCAUCGAUGUAUCGCGUCGCGCUCGGGGGGGACGCCGCGGGGGACGAGGCGAGGGACGGCGACGGCGACGACGACCGCGAUGGUCUCUCCUCCUCCUCCGCGCUGCGAAGCAGCGUCGCGCGAAGCGACGCGUCGUCGCUGUCGUCGCUGUACAGCGCGAAAGACGCGCCGUACGUCAUCUCGCGCGGCGCGCUGACCCCGCCGUGGUACGCCAAGUCGUACUACAAGGUCGUCGCCGUCGUCGGCCCGGGAGGCCCGCGCGGGGACGCCUACCACUACGUCUCCGUCUACGACGGCGUCACGCGGUACGACGUCGGCUCCACGGUGUGCCAUCCCGCGGCGCCGGGCCACGGCGGCGGUCUCUACGUCUCGCCCACGAUCGAGGGAUGUUUGAGGAGGGAUAAGAACAUGUUCCCGCGAAAUUCCAUGCUUCUGAACGCCCCGCGCGCGAUCGCGAAGUGCCGGUGCUGGAACGAGCGGCGAGAGACGGAUCCGGUGUUUUACGGCACCAAGCUCGCGUUCACGUUCGCGCGCGUCGACGAGAUCCUGCCGUAUCCGUCCACGUGGGGCGUGAACAUCGACGGCGCGGGGGUGACGACGUGGACGACGGUCGGCCCGCUCGCGGACGAGGUAGCGAGGGCGUCGUACCCGGGACCGGGCCACGGCGCGUUCGAUCCAAACGGGAAGCAGUAUAACCGCGACGUCCCCGCGGCUGUGGCGCCCGGCGGGAGCGUGUAUCGACCGCCGCGGUCGCCGGCGACGUCCGCGCGCCGCCGCGCGGAGGAGUUGGGGGAGGAGGAGGAGGAGGACGCGCCGAGGUUGAUGCGCGCGAGCUUCGACGCGACCGCGGCGCGAAGUGGCGGUCUCGGCGGCGGUCUCGGCGGCGUCGAGAGGGCGUCGGCGUCGCGCGUCGACGACGCCGUCUCGCGGAUCGUCCGUCGGCUCGAGGCGAAGGCGCUGGGGGACGUGGAAAACACGGGGGAGAGGGACGCCGCGGCGAGGGUGGGGAAGUCUGGGAGGAACGCGGACGCGGCGGAGCGGCGGAGCGUGGAGCUCGUGAAGGCGCAGGCGACGACGAUCGCGCUCGAGGAGGAGGUUCGCGCGAUGGAGCGGCGGUUGGACGCGACGAGGUACGGCGCGGGCGUCGUCGCCUAUAUCCGGGCGUGACGCGAUCUGUUCCGCUUCCGAUCGAUCGCGCGUGCGGUAGGCGUCGACGAUAGGUAAACUGCAACUUUAUGUCGAUU